CGGGUUUCGGUCUUUAGGGCUGAGCAGGAAGUGAGUGGCUGUGGACCCUGGAGCAGAGGGGGGGUGAAUCUGCGAUAAAAUGGAUAUGGUGGGAGAUUUAGGGGCGAGCAGGCUCUACCGGGCGCCGGGUGAACCCAGCCACCAGCAACCUCAGAGGUGGUUCAACACGGCCGACAUCACAGCAUCUCACCAGAACAACCUACUGAAGCAGCUAAACGAGCAGCGCCGCCGGGAGCUUUUCUGUGACUGCAGUGUGCUAGUGGAGGGCCAGCUCUUUAGGGCCCACCGCAAUGUCUUGUUCGCCAGCAGUGGCUACUUUCGCAUGCUGCUGUCCCAGGGGCCGGACGGGGUGCCAGAAACUGUCAACGCCACCUUCGACGUCUUCAGCCCAGAGAUUUUCACCGUCAUCCUGGAUUUCAUCUACUCUGGGCAACUGGACCUCUCCAGUCACAAUGUGAUUGAGGUCAUGUCUGCAGCUAGUUACUUGCAGAUGAACAGCGUCAUCACCUACUGCAAAAACUUCAUCAAGUCCUCUCUGGACAUUAGUGUAAAGGAUGAAGACAGUGAUCGGUGCCACAGCAUGUCUGAGACCUGUUCUUUCACGAGUGGAGCAGGAGAAGAGUCAGCAGAGCAUCAGCAGCAGGAUCCCCGCUCCGUCAGCCCACCGCCUGCGCUCUGGACCCGUGACAACUCCAGAUCCCAGUCCAGUUUUAUGGGGAAGGAUUCAGAGCAGGAAGGUUCAGCCAUAAAGACUGACCCAAGUAGUCCUGCUAAUGAGCUCACUGCAGAGACAGAUGAUCUGAAUGAUCCACAAGACCCGCUUUACACACUACCUGGAUUAGAGCGCCGGCGCGGGAAAGGCGGGACCAAAAGGAGAGCAUCCAACAGCACUCGUUCAAGCCAGCAUGAAGACCUGGAUAUUCAAGAGGCAAGAACCAUGAAGGCUGAAAAGGCAGAGGAGCUUUAUGCCACGCUACCUCCAAUUGUUGGUGUUAUUGGCCACUUCAAUAAAGAUUCUAACCCUGUUAUGCGCUUUAAAUGCCCUUUUUGUACACACACUGUAAAGAGGAAGGCGGACCUGAAACGCCACCUGCGCUGUCAUACUGGGGAGAGACCGUAUCCGUGUCAGGCCUGCAACAAGCGCUUUACCCGCCUGGAGCAUCUACGUAGCCACUUCGAGACGAUCCAUCAAGCCAGGAAGCUGGUGUGCAGGAAGUGUAAGUGUCAGGUGACAGAGGAGACUGGACAUGUGGUGUGUGAGGGUACACGGCGCUACCGCAUGUGCACCAACUGUAUUCAGGAGGUGGGCUGCGACGACAUACCUAUGGAUGGUCUGCAGACACCCAACGAAGAGCCGGCCUUGUUACUAGGCGUGGAUGGUGAGGAGGAGGGGGAUGCCAAGAGGAACUGGAUGGUGAAUGAUGAAGAUGAUCUCGCUGAAGACUCAGGUGCCGACCUUAUCAUCCAGCAAGUGGAUGACAGCGACGAGGAACUGCAGUGAAGGAAGACCAAACUCUGUGCAGAUAUAUUGACAAUGUUUUAUCUGUUCCUAAAGCCAUGAAAAAUAACUGGGGCCUGGAUAUGUAAAUACUAGACUGUGCAGGUUUUAUUAUACUCUGCAGAACAUUUUUUUUUUGUAAAUGUUGCUUAAGUUAUGCACUCUCCAAAGCAUGCAUGUUAAUCUCUAUUGUUUUUGGUUUUUGGUGUUGUAAUUAUAAUAGUUCCUGUGAGUAUUCUUCAUUGGAAUGCAUGAAAACACACUUUGUCUUUGCAGCCCUUUGGGAAGUUUCCUGGCCAUAAAGCUGAAAUGGUGAUGCAGACAAAAUGGCAGCUUUUAGGGGUCUUACUAAAGAAUUAUGAGUUUAAGACAUAUUUCAUUUGGAGUCUUUGUCUGCCAUGUUUUAAUUUCAUUUUUAUGAUAUGCACUAUGGUAUAAUCCUUUAAGAUUUAUUUAUUUAUUACUUUUUAUUUCUACUAUCUCACACAU